AUGACAAAACCCAAAGAUAUAAAGACAAAUCAACCCAUUCCAAAUUCAAAAGAAACAAAUGAAAGAAGAAGAUCUAUUGCAUUAUUAACAAGAUCACCAAUAUCUAGUUCUCCCUAUACUAAUAAUAAUCAAAAUUCGUCAUCUCCAAGAGGUUCACAAAACAAUUCAUAUGUUUCAAAUACUCAAUUUUUAAGAGAAAAUACUCCUAUACCUCAAUUAAAAACUAAUUAUAUGGGAAAUAAUAAUGAUAAUGAAUCUGCAUUAAUAGAAACUUCAAAUUCAUCUAAUGAUAAUAUUGGGAAAAAACCUACUACCAAAACAAUACAAGAGUUUGAUAAAGUAGAUUUAAGUGAAGGUAUAAAUGAUCCAAAAAUUAUAUCAAAAAUUUCAAAACAUUUAUCAAAAGAUUCAGAUUCAAAUUUAAAAAAUGAAGGUGGUGAUAUAACAAGAGAUUUAUAUAAAAUUCAACAAGAUUUAGAAAUCAAACCAAAAUUAAAAAGAUCAAAAAGUUUUAAUGGAGAAGGUGAUGAUGAUUCAGAUAAUUCUUCAAUAAAAUCAAGAGCUAGUUCAUUUAAUGUACCUGGUGGAUUUAGAAGAGAAUUUUUAAUUCAACAACAUCAACAACAGAAAAAUAAUCAGCAGCAGCAUCAGCAACAGGUACAUGCACUACAUCAAGAUAAUGAACUGAAUUAUGAAUAUCAACAACCUUAUAAUCAUAACAAACUAACAAGUGGUGAAGAUAUAGAAAAUGGACCAAUAUAUAGACCAAUCUCACCUAAUUUUGUAACUAGGAAUUUUAUUGAAUUUUUAAGUAUUUAUGGACAUUUUGCAGGGGAAGAUUUAGAAGAUCCAGAAGAAGAAACAGAAAUAUCAGAAUUUCAAAAGCAACAUCAACAGAAGAAGUUAUUUUAUCCACAACAUUCUGAAGAUACUCCAUUAUUAUUACGAUCUUCUGACAAUUAUAAUCCGAAGGGAACAGCAACUGAUAAAAAAGCAUAUUUUUUAUUAUUAAAAGCAUUUGUUGGUACAGGAGUAUUAUUUUUACCAAAAGCUUUUGCAAAUGGUGGAUUAAUUUUUUCAAUUAGUUUAUUAAUAUUUUUUGCAAUAUUAUCAUGGUGGUGUUAUUUAAUUUUAGUUAUAACAAAAAAUAAAACAAAAGUUUCUGGAUUUGCAGAAAUUGGUUUAAAACUUUAUGGACCAUGGUUACAAAAAUUAAUAUUAUUUUCAAUCGUUAUAUCACAAAUUGGAUUUGUUGCUGCUUAUAUUGUUUUCACAUCUGAAAAUUUAAGAGCAUUUGUAUUGAAUGUUUUAAACUUGUUAGAUAUAACGGAUUUAAAUGAUUUAGAAUUUGAAUUUCCAAUAUAUUGGUUUAUUUUAUUACAAGUUAUUAUUGUUAUACCAAUAAGUUUAAUUCGUGAUAUCACAAAGCUUUCAAUUUCAGCAGUUUUAGCUAAUUUAUUUAUAAUGAUGGGUCUUGUUAUAAUAAUGUAUUUUAUUAAUUAUGAAUUUAUAAUAAUGGAUAAUUUUAAAUUUGGACCAAAUAUUGAAUUUUUUUUCAACAAGGAAGAUUUUUCAUUAUUUAUUGGUACUGCCAUAUUUGCAUUUGAAGGAAUUGGUUUAAUUAUUCCAAUACAAGAAUCAAUGAUUUAUCCUCAAAAUUUUCCAAAAGUUUUAUAUAAAGUAAUGAUAACUAUAACUCUUAUGUUUAUUAUAAUUGGAACUUUAGGUUAUUUAACAUUUGGUUCACAUAUUAAAACAGUUAUAUUAUUAAAUUUACCACAAGAUUCAAUAUUAAUUAUAAUGACUCAAUUUUUUUAUUCAUUAGCUAUAUUAUUAUCAACUCCAUUACAAUUAUUCCCAGCAAUAAGAUUAAUUGAAUCUAAAUUAUUUUCUUUAAAUUCAAGUGGUAAAAUUUCAAAAAAAGUAAAAUGGUUUAAAAAUUUAUUUAGAACUUUAUUUGUUUGUUUAACUGCUUUUAUUGCAUUUUUAGGUGGGAAAAAUUUAGAUAAAUUUGUGUAUGUAAACUUUACAACUAACUGA